AUGUGCAAUAAACAAUUGUGGCGAAAAAAAUUUCGUGCUGUUCGUUCUGUCCGUGCUAGUGCUGAAGACAUUUGGGAGGUUUCCGGAGUCGCUGAGGGCGCUGAGGAAGAGUUCUUCGAUUGUAUCGGAGAAGCGUCGGGCUCGCUUUCUGGUUGGACCGGGUUCAAGUAUCCUUGUGGCGGAGAUGGAUUCCGCGGCGGCGGAGGUGGAGUGGGCGACCGCUUUGGUGACGGUGGCGGUGGUGGAGGAUUUUCGCUCAGUUUCACUUGA